AAACUCAUUUUAUUUUACUCAAAAAAAAACUUUAUAGUUUCAGCUCAAACUGGAAAAAUUUUAUAAAAUUUUUUGAAAAAAAUAAAGAGGAAUUUCACACUAUUUAUACAUUUUUUUGCCAACUUAGGUGGAUUGAGGUGAAUGAAAUGUUGCCACUGCAGUGGUAAAUUCGAAAUCUCCAAAACAUGGAUAGUUUGGCAGAAUUAUUUUCAUCAUUAAAUCUUUAUGGUGAUAAUCACCAAGACGAUCAAGUAAUCGAAGCAAAAUGUAUGCAAAUGUGUCCGUCAAAAGAAAUGCUGUUCCGAGAGAAAAAUGGUCUGCUACAUAGAAUGGAAUUGAUUAAUCCAAACGAAUGGUCAUUGUAUCAGAAGAAUAGGAAAAACAAUGAUCAUCGAAAAAUAUCAUUUACUAAUGCUCAAAAAUCAGUCAAACAAUAUCAACGUUCAAGUGCUGGAAAAGAAAUUGUUAUAUCAGAAAACAUUCGUCCUACUUUUGUUUUGAAAAAAACUGUCGAUUAUCUUAUCAACGAUUGUUUCUAUACAAAAUUCUUCAAUUGUGACAAUAAUGAAUCGAAUAUUCGGGAACAGUUUGGUAUUUAUUAUGAUUUUGUUUUUGAUAGAUUAAGAUCUGUUCGUCAAGAUAUGAUCAUUCAACGAGGUUUUGAUUCGAAUUGUCUUUACAUAUUGGAACGUUGUAUUGAAUUUUAUAUUUAUUCUCAUUUUGUUUGGAUUCAUAUUAGCCAAUCCUCAUCAAUAACGACAAAUAAUAGAUAUUUUGACGCUCAUCUUAAUGAAACUCAUUUUAAAGAUUGUCUGAAUCUAUUGAUUGUUUACUAUGAUCAUUUUGACAAAAUAUUAUUUUCUCGUUGGCGAUGUCGUUUUGAAAUGAUUUAUUUGUUAUAUAAUCUUCGUCCAGAAUUUGAAAAUCAUACUUUUAAUCGUUAUCGUAAAUUAAGACUUGAUAAAAAUUUAAAUCAAAUGUUAAAACUUGAACAAUUCAAAAUAAUCAAAAAUUUUAUUUAUAACUUUUUAAUUGGUAAUCAUAUACAAAUUCUUCGUAAAAUCAUUAUGUUACAAAGUAAAUAUAAACUUUUUUGUUGUUCAUUUUUUAUCACAAAUCUUCCAUAUCAUCAUUUGGAAUUGUUGAAAUCUAUUUCAUUGGCUUAUCGUUCGCCUACUACACGAUUACCAUUGUCGAUAUUAACAGAAUGGUUUUGUCCAACAACUACAACAACACAAGAUUACAAUGAAAAUGUUGUUUUUGUUGAAAAUCUUUUUCGCAGAUAUGAAAUUCCAAUCGAAUUGAAACGUGUAGAUUAUUUUGAUUGUGAUGAGAAGAAAAUCCACGAUAAUGAUGAACGAUUUGUUGUUAUAAAUAAAAAAUUUGUCAACAUUACUGAAUGGACACAAUCAACACAACGGCCACUAAAAUGGUUAACUGUUAAUUCAUUACCAGAUUGUUAUAAAAAAAUUUUACAAUAAAAAGGUUCUUCAAAUGUUUCUAUCCUUUUUUUGAUGUUUAAUUUGAUUAAAAUUUUUUCGUUAUGUAAAUAAAAAGAGUUUUUUUCUGUCAAAUUUUUGUUUGAAAAGUUUUUUUUUAAAAAAAGAAAAUUCGUUGCAUUUGUCAUCACAUUAGUACCAUGACUGUGACCAAUCAAAAUAA